AUGUCUGAUCAAGUAAAUGGCUUGCAACACAGCCAAGCAUGGCCAGAGCUACAGCUUCCAGACUUGUUACAUAGUAGUGAGACUCUUCGACAAGUUCAUGCAACAAUUGAAAAGGAAUGGGGUUUCCUUCAACGGUCGGCUUGUCAAACGGCGGCUGGAAGGGCUAUGUGGAAGCAUGUGAUCCAUGAUCCACUUGCUGCUUUACUGGCAGGGGAGAAUUAUUUGAGAACCCUUCAUGAAAAGAUGAUGAAAGACCAUCUCAACAAUGCUCAUGAGACUUCUGGAGUGAUCCUUGCAGUUCGAACCCUUUGGUUUGAUUCUAGACUUGAAGAUUUUCUCAACUCACCUAAUGGCAGAGAAGCACAGGUUGUUCUGCUAGGUGCAGGAAUGGAUACAAGAGCAUAUCGUUUGAAUUGCUUAAAGAACAGUGAUGUCUUUGAGGUUGAUUUUCCAGAAGUCUUGGAGGUGAAAAACACUAUUCUGCAAGCAGCUAAGGAAUCCACAUUCGAUUCGCAGCAUAGUAUAUCCAAAGCAAAAUCAUUAACUAGAGUAGCAGCAGACAUAAGAGAAAAUGAUUGGAUGGAAAAGCUUCAAAUUGCAGGUUUCUUGCCACAGAAGAGCACAGUUUGGAUUCUAGAAGGUAUCUUGUACUACCUCGCCCAAUCCAAAGCCAUGCAACUGCUGAGGAUUUUAGCUAGCAAUUGUGUCUUAACCCACACAGUCAUCAUAGCAGACUUCAUGAAUAAGUCGUCAACCACACUAUCCGAUUCAGUAUUCCAAUUUUACAGUGACUGGCCAGACCAACUUUUACCAUCUAUUGGCUUCACUCAUGUAAAACUUUCACAAAUUGGAGACCCAGAUGCUCAUUUUGGCCUCUUGAAUGAUCCGUUAAAUCUAUUCAACAAGCUCCUCAGCUUGCCUAGGUCAUUACAAACCAAUCCAGAUGACGGAGCACCAUGCUGUCGCUUGUACUUGGUGGAGGCUUCUGGUUCACCCGAUCAAAAUUCUGCGCAUAAUAAGGAGUCGGUCAUUCAGUCUUGA